AUGCUCCGCUGUCAGGCCUCGGCAGUCUAUGCCCCAGCAGGACAGGAAUUAUGGGAAUGUCUCGCACUCUCAACAAGUGAGAUUGAGCUUGCGGGUGUGAAGGCUGAAAGUAACCCCUAUCAUUUGCUCGACGGCCAGGACGUGGUAGAUUUGUGUCUUCAGGUCACCAAGAUCAGCGCCACUUUCCUCCGCCUUAAUCCACCUGUCAAAAUUUUGCCAUUUAAGAGACCAAAACGAAUGACUGCAGUAAUAAUCCCCGCCCCCCACAAGGCUUCUGUUCACUGCCAAGGACGAGCCCACGAGUCCUUCAAACUUCACAUCAUUUUGCCAAAUAGCAUACAACACAGCAGCGAGGCCAACAUGGCAAAACAGGAAAAGGAUGAGGUCAUUGAAGUUGUUGAUCCAUGGGUGAAGACGCUUCAACAAGAUGGAUUGCGUUUCAGGAUCAAGGACUCAUGGUUAAUCAAGGGUCAGGUUUGUGUGGGUCGCGGCGAGGUUUCCGCAAUGGCGCAGCAUCAGUAUCUACAGCCAAGUGGGUGUCACCAGUGCCCAAACAAUCCAGGACCUCUUUGCCAACGGACCACAAUAUCAAGGAAUGACUUAAUCAUAGUGUCAAAGAACUCAGCAGCGGGACCAGGGUUGUUUGCGACAAAAACGCCACGCUCAAACGCCAACAAUCAGCUGUCAGACCUGCAAUGA